CAUAUAAAUUGAGUAAAUCCAACUAAAAUUGUUUGCUUAAACUUAACCCAAUUCAAUUAUUUGCAACAGCUUGCCUUAAAAAAAUUAAGUAAAUCCAAUGAAUCAUUUUUUUCAGUGUACAGUUGCUGUUUAUGGGAAAAGAAAAGAGAAAAAAUAGGCAAUCUGGGAACACAAAAGGUGCUAAUUGCCUUGCCAUACCUAAAGGGGACAAUAUCUUUGUCUAAUGUACAAUUUGUAAUUAUGAUGUCCAAAAAGUGCAGAAUAUCAAAAAUAAAAUGAAAUGCAAACAACUAUAAAUCGUUUUACCAUUUCGUGUUUGCUCUAAGUAAACUAGCAAUCUCUUAAACAGAAAAUACGGUGAAUAGAUGAGCUUAAAAACAAAACAUUGCUUAUUUAGCAAGCUUUUUUAAUUAGACAAAGUCCUUCCUCAUGUGACAACUUGUUCUUGUCUCCCCUAAACCUUUUUUGACUUAAUUUUAAACUACUGUAUUGUGAAUUUAUUUCUCUCUUUCAGUUAUUUCUAUUGCGUUGCUUACCUUGACACUCAAUUUAUUUCUGUCUUCAAGUGAGAGGUAAAAAUUUGCUUCUUUUCUUCAUCUGUACCUUGGUGAUCCACGGUCCUGUGAGCAACACGAUGGAGAAUGUUGAACGGGCAGCAGACAGUGUGAUCUGUGGCACAGAACUUACCAUGAACCAGACACAACAACUCCUGCAGCGUGCUGCCAACCCACUGCUGCCGGCCCUGAAUAAGAUCAAGGAAAUGGCGAGGAAUGCUUACUCGAUGGCAGGCCGAGCACAAAACUUCAUCAUGGCUCUUAGUGAAUCUGUUCGGCACGUUGCUCGUACUCUAAGAAACGUAUUGCACUUUCUGGCAGAUAUCGGCGACGCGUGUAAUGACAAUCUGGGUCUGCCUUAUGAGAAGUGCACUGGGUUAUUUGAUGAAGCCCGUGAGAACUGCAUGGAGCUGCUGUCUGUGUUUUCAUUUUUCUGCCACCUCCUGGAUGGUUUCCAGUCUCUCUGCGGACUCGCACGCGUGGGACAGCUGUUCUGCAUCUUGCCAUCAUACAUUGCAGAACACUUGAAGACCACUCUGGCUUACCCAACCAUUGCAGCCUUUGAUCGAAUUAAAAAAGAGUUUGAAUUCAACAUUUCUACAUCCAUCAACUUUACGCUUCUCAUGAACAGCAGUCAGUCCAUGCAGGACGCGGCUCAGCAGAUCAUGGAGGAGGUGUCUGAAGAGCUGGUGCUCCUGCAGGAGCUCAAGGCCUUGCUGACAUACACAGGCUUCUUCAUGCUUCUCUUCAUCUAUGUCCAGGUCGUUCUGUACAAAAAUAAGUACCUCCAUAACGAUGAAUUCGAGAACUUCUACAUAACAGACCAGUUCAUUGAGCUGGACAAGAAGUGCUCCAGACAAGGCAAAGCUACAGUACUUCCUCUCAGCCACAGAGAAGCUCUCACCUACAUCAGGCCCUACUCUUUGUAUCUGACAGUGAGGGAAAGACGAGCUAUAGCAGGUCAGAUGUUGUCUUUGCUCAGGUUUAUGGUCAUGACCAUCGUCCUGAUAGCUGUUGACCUCAUGGUGUUCUGGAUGUUCGAGCUGGUUCACCACCUGGCCCAGGGUGAAAUCGUGGCACAAGCUCCAGUAGUUGUUGCAGUACAAGUUAACGGAUCUGGUUAUGCCUCAGAUAUCUUCCGGGACAUUGCAGCCUCAUUUGACAUCUUGCAGAAAGGAAACAUCACUGUGAUAAGCAAGAAAUGUCUCGUGAAGCCUUCGGAGCCUGAUUACAUGAGAUACCUGCUCAUUGGUCUCCUUUAUGGCUUCACCUUGUUUAUUGUGAUUGCUGGUGGCUACAUCAAACGUUUAAAGAGGUUUGUGUGUGCCAGGUACCAUCCCGAAAGAGAAAAAAAGAGGAUUCAAUACCUUCACAAGCAUAUUCUCACUCAGCGUGGGUCUUUGGGAAAAGCAUUAAUGAAGGCUUUACAACGUAACAAGGUAGACCAGCAACAAGGUGGCAUUAUGCAGGCACUGGCCAAACAUCUGCCAGGGGGUUCCAUCAUAGCCAGGCUCCUGGAUAUUGGGAAAGAAUCUUGCAUGGCUUGUGGGAAAGUGUUGGAGACAAGAGGUUGUGAUGAUGAAGUGCACAUCUGUCCUACCCCUCGCUGCACAGGCCGUUACUGUUUGCUGUGCUUCAAACUGAUGGGGGAAAUCUGUGUUUUCUGCACAGGAGCCCUAACAGUUCAAGAGGAGCAAGAACUAGACUCCAGUGAUGAGGAGCAAACCAGUUUAUGGGAACCAGCUGAAACUUUACCUCAGAGCACAAAGGAAAAGAGUGCAAAGAUCAGUAUCUCUGAUCAGGAUCAUUCCGUAUGGAUCAAUGGCCAAAGUAGCAAUCAGAAUACGGAGGCUAUUAACAUAAUCUAAGGCAAAAUAUGCUUUAUGCUGUAUAUUUGGUGUGUUGAAAGCAUUCGGGUAUAUGGUCGUGAAUAAAUGUGCUACAACAGAGGCAGCUAGUGUUUGUGUGCAUGUGUUUUUAUUACCUUGGCCACACUAUAACGUGGAUCUAUACGUGAUGAAACAAAUAUUUGGAAAAGUUAACUCAUGUUAUCUCAUUACAUCUGUCAGAAUGUGGUAUGUCUGGUUACAUUGGCUAACGUCAUUCAAUGUUUAAGGAAUGUAGAGUAAGCCUACAUGAUGUUGCUACAGUUAUUAUGCUACCUGUAACAAUGUAUUUAAAAGAGCUUUUUUGAAUUACACUGCAAUGUAUAUCCCAUUCCCAGUCUUUAUCAAAAAUUAAAACGAAUUCACAAACUGAGUACUGUAAAAACUUUGACAAUAGCCGCGCGCUCGUGAAGAGUGGGCGUGUCGGGGGCGCGCAAAGCUACACUGGUCAGGUGAUGAAAUACCUUCACUUCUCUUCACCUGCUCUAGUUUCCGCACGGGACUUGAAACCAGCCCAAUGGCGACAGAGUACACAGAUCUAGAGUUGGCCAUCAACACCUUGGUAACAAACUUUUACUCAGCAUCACCGAAUAAUGCUGAUUCGCUCACAGCCCAGGAGUUCCAGAGCAUGCUCUCCAAAGAGCUGCCCACCAUGGUGAAAACAGCAGGGGACCAGGAAGGACUCAGCAAAAUCCUGAAGGAUUUGAACGUGGAAGAAGGGCAGGGCAUCACAUUCAAGGAUUUUUGGCAACUGGUUGAGUCUCUGGCCAAUAAUCAAUUUGGAUUGCAGAGCAAAGAGAAGCAGGUGAAAUGUGUGAAAUGCAGUCUGAUGUAAGACCGGCCCUGAGCAAACAAGACCGUUCAACAUUACGUAGAUGUCCGCCACUGCCCUGAGAAAACACGUCCAAUCUGUCACUCCUAUUUCCCAUCAUUCCUCUGCAUUUUUCUGCUGGUCGCUGAGGUCUUAUCAUAAUUAGGUGUCACAAGGAGCUUCCUGAAUAAAUACCCCUCAAGCUCUUAUGAAACAGACCGCCAGUAUAAUCUCUAUCAUCAGUGUAACCUGAGCCACACCUGCUCGGCCAGAUAGCAUAAGAUCCAGUGGCACGUUUAUUUCCUUAUUUGUUCUGGUGCUGCAGGUUUUUGUGUUUGUGUGUCACUUUUAGCCUGCUCAAUAUUUUAACUAUAUUUUUUAUACACUUAAUUGGAAAAAAAAGUUUUUAUGUGACAAUUGUGAUCGUAUUUGUUUGUGCUGACUGACAUGAAUUCAUAAACAGAUAAUGUGAAGUAUUUUAGAGGGAAAUAGAGAUGACACGACAUAUUCUGUACUGUAUUUGGGUUUAUGGUAACACAAUGUAAUUUUCUGUGUUGAUAUUAUUAAAUAUGUGCAAAGAU